AUGAUUAUGCAAAACGACGACUUCUUCUCAUUGUUCGCUGAAGGAAACGCGACAAUAAAAACGAAUUUUUCGUUAUGGAAGGUGAUCGUGCUGAAUGGUGAGGAUUUGGUGUCGUUUUGGGAGAUGUGGUUGGGUAUAUUGGUGUGGAUGAGUAUCUCGUACGUGUUCGUCUAUUUGUUUGCUGCGGUCAUUUCGACGUUAAUGCUGCACAAACAUCGUUAUAUGCUCUUUGUGACCAUACCCAUGCUUGGUUCGUUGCCGUUCAUUCAUUCAUGUUAUGUGGCUGUUCAUGAAGAAUUGCUCGCUUGA